AAACAGAGGACCGGGAGGCGAUCGAGUUGGGCAGCCAACUCGAGGGGUUUCCCUCCCCGACGCUCGCCCCCCGAUCCCGGGCUCGAGACCGGUCCCCUUCCCCAGAUGAGAGCGUUCAGCCCAAGCGCUCCCGGUUUGAUCAACCCCAGGCUGCAGACUCUUCGGCGCUCGGGGCAGAGCUCCUUUACAUCUCUGCUCAACGUCGCCUACAACAGCUGCAGCUUAUCGCAAAGACUUGGGGUUCGCACUGUGACGACCCCGACAACAUCUGUCUGGGGCGGUCGAGGGACUUGAGUUGGAUGGAGGACAUUCAGGCGGAGAUCGCGGACGCAGAGGCGACGGUCGCCAGCACCAAAUGGAAAGCAGACUUCGCUAAGGCGCGCGAAGUGGUGCAGGCGAAGGCCGCCGCCGUGUCUUCUGUGUCCACAGUGACUCUCGGGGCGAAGUUUAAGCCGCCAAAAGGGAAGCGCCCCGCGAACAGGCGCGGGGGCAAAGGGAAGAAGGGGGCUUCGCGCCUUUCCUCAGGGAAAAGGGAUGUGGGACAGGACGGCUCCAGGAGGACCCCUCUGAAGAGGUCGUCCACAACUACUUCGGUCGUCGCCACGGCUGCGAUUUCGACCUCCAUCCGGACGGUCCUCCGGAAGUCGCGCGGGGACGUCUGA